AUGCCUGCCCCUCUCCCCUUCACUACCUUCGUCGACGAGACCCAGGUCGGCAUCCUCUCCGUCCUCCGUGCUUGCUACCUUACCAAAAACGUCCAAGACACUCUUGUCACCAAGGACACUCUUCUCAAGUCUGACAAGUCUCCCGUGACAGUGGCCGACCUCUCCGCCCAGUCCCUCAUCUCCCUGCACCUCCUUGAGCACUUUCCCAAAGAUCCCAUCAUUGGAGAAGAGGACACCAGCGAGCUUCGGGUCAACGAGCCUCUGAGAGAGAGGGUCCUCGGUCUUGUCAACGACGGUCUCAAGAGAGAGGAAGGGUGGGGCAAGGACAAGACUUUCUCCGAGGAGGAAAUUCUGAGUGCCAUCGACGCUGGAUCGUCCGAGGGCGGUCCCAAGGGCCGAUUCUGGACGAUCGAUCCCGUCGACGGAACUUCUGGGUUCAUCCGACACCAGCAAUUCGCCGUUUGCCUCGCCUUGAUCGAGGACGGUGUCGUGCAAGUCGGCGUCAUUGGAUGUCCCAACCUCGGACCUGAGCCUGCAAAAAUUGGCGAGGAGAUCAUCCCCAACGGCAAAGGUGUUCUCAUGGUGGCGGUCAGGGGCGAGGGCAGUUGGUCUCGACCUUUGGACUCGGAGGUCUACACCAAGCUCAACCUCCCCCCCUCUCCCCCGGCUUCAAACCCUCUGACAUUCUUGGAGUCUGUCGAGUCUGGGCACUCUGCGCACUCUGUCCAGGCCCGCAUCGGUGCUCUCCUAGACGUCCAGCGCCCCUCUCUCCGUAUGGACUCGCAGGCCAAGUACACCUGUCUCUCCCGAGGAGAGGGUGGUGUCUACCUCCGCAUCCCCACAAAGUAUGCGGGCGGAAAGAUUUACGAGGAGAGGAUCUGGGACCACGCACCUGGAGCUUUGUUGAUUGAGGAGAGUGGUGGUAUCUGUACAGACAUGUGGGGCAAGGCGCUCAAUUUCGGUGUUGGUAGGACUCUGAAGGAGAACGACGGUAUCGUGGCUGCCGGUAAGGAAGUGCACCCCAAGGCCGUGGAAGCUGUCAAGACGGCCAUCGAGGAAGCUCAGAGCAAGAAGUGA